CGCUUCUUGACGCUUAUUGUGGCUUGCUACACACAACUGCCUGGGGUGUAGAUGCAUCUGUAGCCAUCUGUGUCUUCCUGGACGUUCGCAAUAUCACUGCUAGAGCCUUCCUUGUAUAACCAUGAGAUUAUCCGGCGCAUUUCGCAACGCUUGCCGUGGUUUUCCCACUGGAUCGGUGAGCCGGCCGCGAACCGGUGUCCGAGUUUUUGCCUCCAAGGGGACAUCGGUGCGGGUCGGUAGCAGCCAGAUAUUCACCCGGGAUGGCAGUUCUAGCGGCGGCGGUAGGUCUGCGGGAGCGGCAGUCAAAUUCGGAAAACACCAUGAACAAGCCGCUGCUUCGUCGUAUGACAUAUCUCUCAGGGAGCUCAUGCAGAGGACCAAGGAGGAGAUCACGUCUUUACAGAAGCGCUACCCGGCGCUCAAACCUGUACUCGCCAUCAUCCAGGCUGGGGAGGAUGACGCCCUGGUGGAGGUUAACAAGAAUUUGGCCGGGAAGAUUGGGCUGGAUGUCAUACAAAUCAGUUUGCCAAAGGAAUGUACUGAAGAUGAGAUAAUCGAGGAGGUGCUGAAGCUGAACGAGGACUGCAAAGUGCACGGCGUGGCGCUGCAUCUCCCGCAGCCCUCUCUCACGCGCCGGGUGCUCGACUCGCUGAAACCGGAGAAGGACGUCGACGGUGUGACAGACCUGAACAUCGGGAGGCUGGUCCGCGGAGACGUGGUGGAGAGCUUUGUUCCGCCGGUCGCCAGCGCGGUGGUGGAACUCCUUGGGAGACACGGUGAGGACGGCCAGACCUCGCGCGCGAAGUCACUGCCACCCGCAGAACCAACCUGCUACUCUGAUGGACGAAAGGAUGAUGGUUGGGAGAACAGACUCCCUAGUGGCCAGGGCAAGAUGCGGCCCAGUGGCAUGGGGGGAGCAGCCCUGGAGUGCACCUGCAGCCUGAGAACAGGCCACGGGCAUGGCGGAGCAGCGGAGCCCUGA